UUGUCCCUGCCCAGUCCAGUGACCUUCACCAUCUGAGCCCUGGUUAAUUUUUGCCCAGUCUGUGGGCUCUGGGGCUCCUCCCCAUCAGGGAUAUAAGCCUGGCGCGAGGCUGCCCUGUUCCUCGCCUGCCCUGAGCCUCCCCAAGCUCCCUGCCCUCCCCACCCUCACCAUGGCCAAGGGCUUCUACAUUUCCAAGGCCGUGGGCGUCCUGGCCAUCCUCCUGGGCUUGGCGGCUGUGAGCGUCAUCAUCGCUCUGUCUGUGGUGUACUCCCAGGAGAAGAACAAGAAUGACAAGAGCACCACGGCGGCCCCCACGGGCUCCACCACCAUGGCGGCCCCCACGGGUUCCACCACCACGGCGGCCAUCACCUUGGACCAAAGCAAGCCCUGGAAUCACUACCGCCUCCCCAAGACACUGAUUCCCGACUCCUACAAUGUGGUGCUGAGGCCCUACCUCACCCCCAACGACAAGGGCCUCUACAUCUUCAAGGGUAACAGCACUGUGCGCUUCACCUGUGUGGAAGCCACCGAUGUCAUCAUCAUCCACAGCAAGAAGCUCAACUACACCACCGUCGGGGGGCACAGGGUGGUCCUGAAGGCCGUGGGGAGCUCCCAGGUGGCCCCUGACAUCGACAGGACCGAGCUGGUGGAGAUCACUGAGUACCUGGUGGUGCACCUCCGGGGCCAGCUGGUGGCUGGCGGCGUGUACGAGCUGUUCAGUGAGUUUGAGGGGGAGCUGGCUGACGACCUGGCCGGCUUCUACCGCAGCGAGUACAUGGAGGGCAAUGUCAAAAAGGUGCUGGCCACGACACAGAUGCAGGCUCCAGACGCCCGCAAGUCCUUCCCGUGCUUUGACGAGCCAGCCAUGAAGGCCACAUUCAACAUCACCCUCAUCCACUGGAGCAACCUCACGGCUCUGUCCAACAUGCUGCCCAAAGGUCCCAGCGUCCCACUUAAGGAAGAGGCCACCUGGAGUGUCACUGAGUUCCACACCACGCCUAAAAUGUCCACGUACCUGCUGGCCUACAUUGUUAGUGAGUUCACGUAUGUGGAGAGGAUAGCGCCCAAUAACAUCCAGAUCCGGAUCUGGGCUCGGCCUGGUGCAAUCAAUGAGAGCCAUGGUGAUUAUGCCCUGAACGUGACGGGCCCCAUUCUAAGCUUCUUUGCCAGACAUUAUGAUACACCUUACCCACUCAACAAAUCUGACCAGAUUGCCUUGCCUGACUUCAAUGCUGGCGCCAUGGAGAACUGGGGACUGGUGACCUACCGGGAGAGUGCACUGCUGUUUGACCCGCUAUCCUCCUCCAGUGGCAACAAGGAGCGGGUGGUCACUGUGAUUGCUCAUGAGCUAGCCCACCAGUGGUUUGGGAACCUGGUGACCUUGGAGUGGUGGAACGACCUGUGGCUGAACGAGGGCUUUGCCUCCUACGUGGAGUACCUGGGUGCUGACUACGCAGAACCCAGCUGGAAUCUGAAAGAUCUGAUGGUGCUAAAUGACGUGUACCGAGUGAUGGCCGUGGACGCUCUGGCCUCCUCCCACCCGCUGUCCUCCCCCGCCUCGGAAGUCAACACGCCCGCCCAGAUCAGCGAGGUGUUCGACGCCAUCUCCUACAGCAAGGGGGCCUCUGUCCUCAGAAUGCUGUCCAGUUUCCUGACCGAGGACCUAUUCAAGAAGGGCGUGGCGUCCUACCUCCACAAGUUCGCCUACAAGAACACUGUCUACCUGGACCUUUGGGACCAUCUGCAGGAGGCUGUGGACAAUCAGUCGGCCAUCCAGCUACCUUUCCCUGUGCGCAAAAUCAUGGACCGCUGGAUCCUGCAGAUGGGCUUCCCUGUCAUCACCGUGGACACCAAGACAGGGGACAUUUCCCAGCAGCACUUCCUCCUUGACUCCGAGUCCACUGUCACCCGCCCAUCAGAGUUCAACUACCUGUGGAUUGUUCCCAUCUCCUCGCUCAGGAACGGCGCACAGCAGAGCGGCCACUGGCUGCAGGGCGAAGCCCGCGACCAGAGUGAGCUGUUCAAGACCACAGCCGACGAGUGGGUUCUGCUGAACCUCAACGUGACGGGCUACUUCCAGGUGAACUAUGAUGAAAACAACUGGAGGAAGAUUCAGACUCAGCUGCAGACAAACCUGUCGGUCAUCCCUGUCAUCAAUCGGGCUCAGGUCAUCCAUGAUGCCUUUGACCUGGCCAGUGCCCAAAUUGUCUCUGUCACCCUGGCACUAAACAACACCCUCUUCCUGAUCAAAGAGACGGAGUACAUGCCCUGGCAGGCUGCCCUGAGCAGCCUGAGCUACUUCAAGCUCAUGUUUGACCGCUCGGAAGUCUACGGCCCUAUGAAGGAGUACCUGAAGAAGCAGGUCACACCCCUCUUCUUUCAUUUCCAAAAUAUCACCAAAAACUGGACUCAGCACCCAGAAAACCUGAUGGACCAGUACAAUGAGAUCAACGCCAUCAGCACCGCCUGCUCCAAUGGAGUUCCCGAGUGUAAGGAGCUGGUCUCAGCCCUUUUCGCCCAGUGGAUGAAGGACCCCAGUAAUAACCCGAUCAACCCCAACCUGCGCUCCACCAUCUACUGCAACGCCAUCGCCCAGGGCGGCGAGAAGGAAUGGGACUUCGCCUGGAAGCAGUUCCGAAAUGCCACACUGGUAAAUGAGGCCGACAAACUCCGCUCAGCCCUGGCCUGCACCAACCAGCUCUGGAUCCUGAACAGGUACCUGAGUUACACCCUGAACCCCGACCUCAUCCGGAAGCAGGAUGCCACCUCCACCAUUAGCAGCAUCGCCAGCAAUGUCAUUGGGCAAAGUCUGGUCUGGGACUUUGUCCAGAGCAACUGGAAGAAGCUCUUUCAGGAUUACGGAGGUGGCUCCUUCUCCUUCUCCAACCUCAUCCAGGCAGUGACCCAACGUUUCUCCACCGAGUACGAGCUGCAGCAGCUGGAGCAGUUCAAGAAGACCAACAUGGACACCGGCUUUGGCUCGGGCACCCGGGCUCUGGAGCAAGCCCUGGAGAAGACCAAAGCCAACAUCAAGUGGGUGAAGCGAAACAAGGAUGUGGUGUUCGCAUGGUUCACAGAAAACAGCAAAUAGUCCCUGGCCUUUACAGUCACCUGCCCCCAUGUGAGAUGCCCAUGUGCCUCUGUCCCCAGGGCCCACGGCAGGGUCCCCAUUCCCAGAGUCUGAGACACCAGCAUCCUCCCCUCAGGGACACCGUCUCUGGCCCACAUUCUUUCCACUCUGCCUAUGUGGCCAAGCCAGUUCCAGAUGGCCAGACUGUCCAAGUACCUCCAGCGCCUGUUCCUCAUACCAACCCCAUCCCAGGCCUGGCAUGGCACCUGUCACCCAGCGCCCUGGGGCUGUUCUCAGGGAAGCCCAGCUGCAGGGCCAGAUGAACAGAAGCCCUUGAUGUGUGAUGGAUGGCCUUGGGGGGCUGCCCUGUGCCCUCUCUCGCCCUCCUGUAAAGACCCUGAACCUGAGAAAUCAACAGGGUACCAGAUCUGUAUAUUUUUUUCUAAGAGAAAAUGUAAAUACAGGAUUUCUAGAUGA